AAAACAAUCGCGGAGCCGUCCACUAAAAUUAGCGGAAAAUACAAUUUUCUUUUGUAUAUACAUAUAUAUAUAUAUAUACAUGCACAUUAACCUCUAUCUAUAUAUACAAAUGUUUAAUGACCAAAUAUCAUAAUAGGAAAAUUAAAAGUCGCGGCAGAACAUAAAGAUCGAAAUACUUAUAAAUAAAGUGUCGUUAAACGGUGCGUCUUCUGAUAGCUUUUGUGUUUAUAUAACGCGUUUCGGAAUACUCUCAAUUGGCCAGUUCCCAGAGAGUUUACAAUGGACUCGGAUAAAGUAGUGCGUGCCAUGGCGCGCUGGUGGCAGACUGUCAGCCAAGAGGAUACCGAUGCCGCGUCACGCAAUCCCAUGCUCUACGAUCCGCUGCAGGACGGAGUUGUGAAGACCUCCAAGACACGUCAAUAUGUUGCAGCACUUGUGGUUUGCCUGGGCGCAGUCGCUGCUGGCACUGCCUUGGCCUGGACGAGUCCUGUGCUGCCGCAGAUCAGUGUGCGUACCCCCACCCCCGUCAAUGUUACGGAAAUUACGACCAACUCCACUGGUAAUGCGAGCAGUCCAAUAACGCGGACUGUGCCCCACGAUGAUGAGCUACAACUAACUGUCGCCCAACAGACCUGGGUUAGCUCGCUGUUGGCCAUUGGCGCCUUCUUGGGCGCCCUGCCCACGGGCUAUAUAGCCGAUACAAUUGGCAGGCGUUACACGGCGCUGGCCAUGGAUGUCCCAUUCAUUUUGGCCUGGCUGUCGAUCAGCUUUGCCAAAUCAGCUGGUUGGCUGUACUUUGGUCGCUUUCUAAUUGGCAUAUCGACGGGCAGCUUUUGUGUGGUGGCACCCAUGUACAUCUCGGAGAUAGCUGAGACGAGCAUUCGCGGAACACUGGGCACACUCUUCCAGCUGCUGCUCACAGUGGGCAUACUCUUUAUUUAUAUAAUUGGCGCCAUGGUCUCAUGGAGUACUCUCAGCAUAAUGUGCCUGUUUGUGCCAAUUGCGUUGUUUGUGGGCAUGCUCAUGCUGCCGGAGACGCCCGUCUAUCUGCUAAAGAAGGGUCGUCGUGCGGAUGCGGCAUUGUCUCUCAAGUGGCUCUGGGGCCGUUAUUGCGAUUCGCGCAGCGCCAUUCAGGUCAUACAAAACGAUUUGGAUCAGACGAGCGCGGAUGCCACGUUCUUGGAUCUGUUUACAAAUCGCGGUGCCCGCAAUGGUCUCAUCAUCUCCAUUUUGCUGAUGUUUUUCCAGCAGUUUUCGGGCAUCAAUGCGGUCAUCUUUUACACGGAAUCCAUAUUUAAGUCAGCCGGCAGCAGCUUGGAUGCCUCAAUUUGCUCCAUCAUUGUGGGCGUGGUGCAGGUGAUCAUGACGCUGACCUCAUCCCUGCUUAUUGAACGCGCUGGCCGCAAGAUUUUGCUGCUCUUCAGCAGCACCGUGAUGACCAUUUGCCUGGCCAUAUUGGGCGCUUACUUCGAUAUGAAGGAGAGCGGCAAGGAUGUGUCACAUAUCGGCUGGCUGCCGCUGUUGUGCAUGGUGCUAUUCAUCAUUACCUUCUCUGUGGGAUAUGGUCCCAUACCGUGGCUGAUGAUGGGCGAGCUCUUUCUGCCCGAUGUCCGAGCCACUGCCGUGUCGCUCACAGUCAUGGCCAAUUGGCUGUGCGUGUUUGUGGUGACCAAAUGCUUUGGCAUCAUGAUCACCGACUGGGGCUCGGACAUGACCUUCUGGUUCUUCGCCGGCUGCAUGGCCGUUGCCACAGUUUAUGUGGCUCUUGCGGUGGUCGAAACAAAGGGCAAGACCUCUAGCCAAAUACAAACGUGGCUCAGCGGCCAUUAAAGAGAUGCUUCGAGCUAAUUAAGCAGCCCAGGCCGAAAAGAAGAAGAUGUUAAUUGUAUGCCAUGGGCGAAAUGACGCAUACGCCGUGUGCCACGCAGAAUGUACAAUAUUUAUCAUAUGGUUUUAUUAGUUUAGACUUAUUUAUUUUUUAAGUACUCAGCCAAAUGUCCAGCUAGAUGGGCCAAAACAAAAAAGAUUCGCCUUGCUAUUUUGGUUGUCUUCUUAAUGUAUAUGAUAUGUAUGUGUUAAGUGUGCGGCUGUAAAGACAUGUGUAUAUAUUUAAAUAAAUGUGUGUAUAUAUAUAUAU